AGGCUCGGGGUCAGUAAGGGGUCAGAGGGUAAAGGCUAUUCACCCAGCAUUCCCAGCUUCAGGAUACACAGCCAUCUUGGAUCUACGAGCAGAGGGGAAAUUAAUGCGGUGACGAACGGUAUGUUUAGUGCUACAAGAAAGAAGUUUGUAGAGGGGGUCGAAAGCGACUACCCUGAUGAGAGUAUGUACUACGGCCAGCCGUCGAUGUUCCCUCAUCGAUCGGAGAAAGAUAUGCUGGCAUCUCCUUCGCCGUCAUCGUCAGGUCAAUUGUCGCAGCUUGGUGCAAGUUUGUAUGGCCCCCAAAGUGCACUAGGCUUCUCAAUAAGGAGCAUGAGCAACAACAAUCCUCAGUUAAGCCGCAGUUUAACACAAGGUACUCAGUUACCGAGCCAUAGCACCCCAACAACGGGGGUCCCAACAAUGUCUCUCCAUACUCCGCCUUCGCCAAACAGGGGCAUUCUGCCUAUGAACACCAGGAACAUGAUGAAUCACUCGCAAGUGGGCCAGGGCAUGAGUCUGAGUGGCAGGACCAACAGUAUGGGAAGCUCAGGCCUUGGGAGUCCCAACCGCAGCUCGCCCAGCAUCAUCUGCAUGCCAAAGCAGCAGCCGGCGCGCCAGCCCUUCACCAUAAACAGUAUGUCGGGUUUUGGAAUGGGUCGAAGUCAGGGGUUUGGUAUGAACUCUUUAUCGAACAACAUCUUUAAUGGAACAGAUGGGAGUGAAAACGUGACAGGACUGGACCUCUCGGACUUUCCAGCAUUAGCAGACAGAAGUCGGAGGGAAGGAAAUGGAAACCCAACACCGUUGCAUAAUCCCUUGGCUGGAAGGGCUCCCUAUGUUGGGAUGGUCACAAAGCCGUCGACUGAACAGUCCCAAGAUUUCUCGAUUCACAAUGAGGAUUUUCCUGCACUGCCUGGGCCUAACUACAAGGAUCCAACGUUGAGCACGGAUGAAAGCAAAUCAAACUUGAACUCCUCAACCAAGAGCAGCUCCAGUGCAGAUGGCCCCAAGUUCCCAGGUGAUAAGACAUCAGCACAGAACAACAACCAGCAGAAAAAGGGGAUCCAGGUGUUGCCUGAUGGCAAGGUGACGAACAUUCCUUCUGGAAUGGUGACGGAUCAGUUUGGAAUGAUCGGGCUGCUAGCCUUCAUCCGAGCAGCUGAAACAGACCCUGGAAUGGUUCAUCUGGCGUUAGGAAGCGACCUGACCACACUGGGACUCAACCUCAAUUCUCCAGAGAAUCUGUAUCCCAAGUUUGCAUCUCCUUGGGCCUCUGCACCAUGCCGACCACAGGACAUCGACUUCCAUGUUCCGUCUGAGUACUUAACCAACAUUCAUAUAAGGGACAAGCUUGCUGCAAUAAAACUAGCACGUUAUGGGGAGGACCUGCUGUUCUACCUCUACUACAUGAACGGAGGAGAUCUCUUACAACUUCUGGCUGCUGUGGAACUCUUUAACCGAGAUUGGAGGUACCAUAAGGAAGAGAGGGUGUGGAUUACAAGAGCACCUGGCAUGGAGCCUACUCUGAAGACCAACACUUAUGAGAGGGGGACGUACUACUUCUUUGAUUGUCUUAACUGGAGGAAAGUCGCUAAGGAGUUUCACCUUGAGUAUGACAAGCUUGAGGAGCGGCCUCACGUACCAACCACCUUCAACUACAACCCGGCACAGCAGGCCUUCUGAACUGGAGGUGCUCAGGCUCUCUGAGCUGCAGGAACAGACCUCAGCACUAGACUUGGCCAACCACAAUCUGCUUUUAUUCCUCACCUGUCUGGACAAGGACUGCAGGAGGAGGGCAGGUGGUCUCUACCUUAACCAGUGAGGGGAGACACCAUGCCUUACCAAUAAUGUGCUGCCCAAAAUGACACACACACACCCCCUUACACUGUUUUUAAAUAUUCUCAUACCCUCUUUCUUUUCCUCCUUUUUCAUUUUGAGCACCAGUCUGUAUUUUGUUUACGCCUCAGAUCAAAAGCCUGUUUGGUCUCUGGCAGGAGAAAUGACUUGCAGUACGACAAAAGGCUACGUUUCGUUUUCCGAAACGUACCAUGUUAGUAAACAGGACACACACAAAAAUCAAUCCAAUACAUGUGAAUACAAAAGGGCGGAAGAAAAAUGCAAUGUUCAUUGUUGCACUAUUUAGUAAUAAAAGAACACAAAAAUUGUUUUGUGCUUUUUUAUGUGGAAAAAUGCUCUUCUCCUGUUUUUGUCUGGAAGGAUACACAACCUACUGUUAACAUCAUGGAAGCUCUCUCUCUUUUCCUUUAGCCUUUUUUCUUUUCUUCUCCUCCAGAACAUUCCUUUCAGCCGUCAUCUUAACCGUGCAUUCGAUCCUACACCCGAUCAGGUUUUCUCUGCCUAACUCCAAUAAUUACAAAUCAGACUGUUUUAGUGACCAUUGUGGGAACAGCUUGUGGACCAUCCUCACCCAGGGGGUUAUGACUAAGCUACAUUGUUCCAGAUAAAACACUUCUCAGUCUUUGUUACGAUUUUGUAAUAAAUGUGUACAUUUUUUUUUUAUUUUUUUGGACAUCACAUGAAUAAAGAUAUGUAUGUACGAAUGUGUAUAUAUUAUAUAUAUAGAUAGCUGUAUCUAUAUAUAUAUAUACAUGACGUCUAUUUUGGAAAAAGGUAAUUAUUCUUUGCUCAGCCUCAUUUUUAGGAGGUGAGCAGUGGUGGCAUUAUGUGUUAGAAAUAAACAGAAGAAAAAAAAAUAGUGUUAAUAAUAUUGAGCUGCCAGACAGGGCUUCACACUUGUUACCCUGUGCACUUAAGACCAAGAUAAAUAUUCAAAAAUACGGAAGGCCAGAUUUUUUCGAACUAAGGCAAUCUAUAUCCCCAGCCCCUGAAAAAGAAGGUGGAAACAUUUCACAUGCAGCUGUUUGAAUAGAAGCAUUUCAUAGGAAAAGGAAAAUUGGUAAUACUGCUAACAAAAAAAACAAAAAACAGACCAGUCUUGUAUUUUCUGAAAACGUUGAACGCGUCUUUCUUUCCUUUGUAAUAAAGCAGAACGGCUUUCCUGAACCAGUGUUUGUCUCUCUAUGGGAAGGGGUUCGAGGGCAAUGAGGAGGAGCAGCAGUGAAAGACUGGCAGAGUUUGAACCAAGACUGAGAAAGAACACCAGCUACUAAGGAAGAUGUGCAUGUGCUAUAAUGACUAAAACAAGCCUGUAAUAUUUUGUGACUGUAUGAUGACGGAUUGGUAUAAUCUCCAAACAAAUGAGAGCACAUUAAUGCAUGUGAUUAAAAAAUAUGAGCUAGCUGUCUGUAGGUCACUUAGCUGUAAAUAAGUGAAUGUGAGUUGAAUAUACCAGAGACAUAGUGUUCCAAGAAAUCUCAUGAAUUGUUUUAUUAGGGCAUUACACACAUUUAGUUUUCCACAAAUUGUAUGAUUACAGUUAUUUAUUUUAAAAAUGACAAGGUUCAAGGAAGAGAGAGAAUCAAUCAACACUCAGCUGGAAUGUUUUCAAAAUUCUACCAUUAAGCAUUCAUGUGCAUUAUGGUCAUGUGCAUAAAGAUUUCACACAGAGCCUCCAUGUUAUAACAUUUGACCAAAAAAAAAAAAAAAAAAGGCAACGCUUCUGUUGCACACAUUUUUAUACUGAUUAGGCAGCAUGGACAUCAGGUACUAAAUACAAUGUUAGUUUGCUACAUUUCCAUGGACUUCAGCUCACUGAGCAAAAAAAAAAAAAAAAAAAAAUCAGCCACAUCAUUUGUUUUUUAAUACACGGGCAUAAUUCCCUUGGAUUAUCACAUGAGGAUCCCAUCAGUGUCUUGAGAUAGUUCCUAUUAAUUUGACCCUGCUCCUUCACUGACUUGGUGUGCAACCUAGUGAGUGUUCAUGG